AUGGCGUCCUCCACAGCUGGAGCAUCUGCAUCUAACGGUGCUACCUGCAGCAACGAUAAGAAAAAUGUUCGCAUGAGCAUACGUGGACUUUUGAAUCUGUGCUCCAAAUAUACCGCGAAAUUCAUAGACAUCGAGUGCAGCGACAAGCAAGCGGUUGAUACGUACAAGAACUACAUGGAUAAAUGUCAUGGCUGCCCCUACAGUCAGACAUCCUGGAAGAUUAUGUGUGGAUCUUCAAAUACGAUUUUGGAAACUGUCAAGACUCCAGAGAACCUCGACAUGACAGCUCUAUCGUCACUCUUUUAUUGUAUCUUCAGCGUAAAGAAAGAUGGAAGAGAUCCAACAGAACUGUUGAAAAAAGUGGAAGCACUUGUGGUUGUCGUCAAUGAAGUCUUGAGUAACGUCAGUUCAGUGGAAGAUGCAAAUAAAUUUAAAGAAAUACAUCACAGAUUAUCGGACAUGAUCCAAGAAGCUGGAAAGUUCUACACUCUUUCACUUAGUGAAAUACAUGAUUUAGAACAAAAGCUUGAACUUGAAAUACGUGUCCAGGAAGUGAUGGUAUACGUCAUUCAGGACUUCAGCAGCAUCAGCCCACAGAAGUUCCAGGUUCGCUGGCCUGAGCUCAGGGCCGCCCUAGAGGUCGCUGGAGUCACCAGCGGCCGAGCCUGGCAGAGCCUGCUGCUCCGGAGUCCUGACGUCACGGAGCUGGCGAAGCACGCGGCCAAGAUCACGAUCGACGAGACUGAUGAGUGGCAUUUGCAUUCUGCUAACGAUGUGGUGGCUGUGGCGCUUACAUUGCCACACGAACAGCCUCGCCUCAUCGACAUCAAGAUGUCACCUGCCGUGCUGGGCGCUGAGAGGGCCAGCUGGCAGGAAAUAACACGUCGGCACAAAGGACAACUGCAGCUGGACCUAUCAGCUGGAUUCCAGAAGGAGGCUUCAGGAAGUUCUCCUGAAACUGAAAACCGACCCGAAGCUUUCGACGAUUUACUGGAAGACCUAAACGGUUCAAGAUGUCAGCUCACUCGCCUGAUCGGCCGCAUCAGCACCACGGCUGGCGUGUCUGCUGUGGCGUCGGUUUCAACCGCAGCAACUACGGAUCUGCGGAUCAGCCUCAUCGCCCCCCUCAACUUGGACGCUCUGCAGGGCAAAUACAAGAAUCUAUUAGUGGAAAUUAAGCCUCUGGAUGGCUCUUGGGCUGCCGCAGCUUCAGCGCAGCGCCUGCCAGCCCAACCACCGUCACAGUUGCUGUUAAUCGGGACCAAGCCCGGCAGUUGCGAGGCCAUCGCCAUAGCUGUUCGCACAAUCACUCCUCCCGGAAAGAGACUUGGCAACAUAUCGCUGGUGAACUGCGGGCUUGGGGAAGAUGAGAUCAACCAACUACUGGUGCAACUGCACAACGACGGCAUUAGGAGCGCCGAUGGCGGCCAUACAAGAUUUACUAGAAGCGGGGACGGAGACGUGACGCUGUGUCUAGCGGACGACCUCCCAGACGGCACCUGGCCUACGGGCGCCGCAGCCCAAGACGUCUCCCAGUCACAGUCCAGCAACGCAACCCAGGCUGAUCCCAUGCCGUUGCUGGACGAAAGCGCCGGAACACAAGUCGCCGCCCAGUCACAGUCCAGCAGCGCAGCCCAGGCUCAUCCGCCGCCGUUGCUGGACGCGGGCGCCGCACCCCAAGUCGUCGCCCAGUCACAGUCCAGCAGCGCUGCCCAGGCUCACCCGCCGCUUCUGCUGGGCGCGGGCGCCGCACCCCAAGUCGUCGCCCAGUCACAGUCCAGCAACGCCGCCCAGGCUCAUCCGCCGCUAUUGCUGGACGCGGGCGCCUCGGCGCGGAGGUGGCGAAAUGAAUGCCUCCGCCUUCCCCAGGAGUCGCUGGUCACCAUGUUCGUUGCGGUGUCAAGCCUGGUGGAGGAAAAGCACUUCGUCGUAACGGAAAGCCGUGACCUGGAAGCCGUUGCCCUCAUGCUGCCCCACGUUAGUGACAAGUCCGUGCUUGUGAAGACUUCACCAAGCGCCCUCAGAUCUCCAAUGUGGCAGCAGAUAGCGCAGCAGCACCAAGGCCAAUUCUUCAUCCAUCUUCUGAACAUAAACUUUGUAUUCCAGCCAUGCGAUGACGUCCUACAGCCUCUACUUAGUAACAGGUGCAGGAUCAAAGGAUUCCAAGGAUGCAUGCAGACCGCGGCAGGAAUCUCAGCCCUGGCCUCAGUGUGUGGACUUGCUCCUCCAGCCUACGUCCACAUUCAGCUCGAGGCUCCGCUGGACCUCAGUCCACUGCUCGGCAAAUGUGACAAGCUCUGUGUAUAUACCCCAGUGGUAGACACCGUCAGAGCCACCAUGCACCUGCCGGACCAGCCUGUCCCCCAGCUGGUGGUGCUGGGGGCCCCAGCUGGCAGCUGGAAGGCCGUGGCCCAGACGGUGCUGAUGUACGCGCCUAGAGGCAAGAGGAGGUUCGAAUCCCUGCACCUGAAAAACUCGGGGCUGAGCGCCGAUGAGCGGCGGCGGCUGCUGCGUCUGUUGCACGUCAAGCGCGUCAAGACCGGCGACUCGGGCGCCACGCGGGGCGAGAUGUUGGGAGACGGCGACAUUUGCCUCCACAUCGGCAGCUGCCCCCCACGGACUGAUGCAGAGGCCUGUAUCAGCUGCACGGACUACAUCUGAUGCAGGCAUCAGCUGCGCCGACUGCAUCUGAUGAAGGAAUCAGCUGCACGGACUGCAUCUGAUGAAGGCUUCAGCUGCACGGACUACAUCUGAUGAAGGCUUCAGCUGCACGGACUACAUCUGAUGCAGGCAUCAGCUGCACGGACCACAUCUGAUGAAGGCUUCAGCUGCACGGACUACAUCUGAUGAAGGCUUCAGCUGCACGGACUACAUCUGAUGAAGGCAUCAGUUACAAGGACUACAUCUGAUGCAGGCAUCAGCUGCACGGACUACAUCUGAUGAAGGCAUCAGCUGCACGGACUGCAUCUGAUGCAGGCAUCAGCUGCACGCACUACAUCUGAUGCAGGCAUCAGCUGCACGCACUACAUCUGUUGAAGGCAUCAGCUGCACGGACUACAUCUGUUGAAGGCAUCAGCUGUACGGACUGCAUCUGAUGCAGGCAUCAGCUGCACGGACUACAUCUGUUGAAGGCAUCAGCUGUACGGACUGCAUCUGAUGCAGGCAUCAGCUGC